GGGGAGUCUGAGUUGGGGCUAUACACGGCUGUGUUGCAGCCACGACGGCAGCGCUACGGCGGCGGGCGGCGGCGCCGAUUUUUGUUCGUGUUUAUAUCACCUUGAAAUUGAAGAUUGAAAUCACGAGAUUGAGGCGGAAAUCGAAGAGGAGAGAUGGACGAUCAUUACCAGGUUUUGGGGGUUCAGAAGAAUGCGAGCAAGGAAGAAAUCAAGCAGGCGUUCCGGAAAUUGGCGAUGGAAUUCCAUCCGGACAAGCAUUCGAAAUCCUCCGAUCGUCUACGCGACUCCGCCACCGUGAAAUUCAAGCGGCUGUCGGAGGCAUACGAGACGCUCUCCGACGACGGCAAGCGCGCCGAUUAUAAUAUCCGUCGGAACGCCUACGGAGCUCAUCGGAGCAAUCGGAAUGCGUACAGUCACGGCGGAGGCGGUGGCGGUGCUUAUAACAACAAUCCGUAUGGAUUCGGUUAUGGAUACGGCGGAUCCGCAAGGACACGCGGCGGCGGCGGCGGCGAUAGGAUGUUUACUCAAUUCGAAAUUGGAAUUAGGUAUCUCACAACGAGAAGUUUCCUCCUUAACGCCACAUUCGUUGGUCUAUUGUUAGGCGGGAUGUACAUUAUUGAUGCCAGUGGCAAGGCGCUAUGGAAAAUGCAUAAUCCGGGUAUACAAUUCGAAUCUAGUUUCAACUUUGCUGCAUCACUUUCGCAGUUGGGACAAAAUUUAAUCACAUCACUUGGUACUCUCGAAUCAUAGUCAAUGUGAUGUAAGUGAAUGUAUAGAUACAGCUAAGAUCGAAUUUCAAAAUUGUUGGGCAAUUCGAUAACAUUAUUUUUAUUACACUCAUGUCAAGUAAACAAUUUGAUGUCAUGAAGCAUUGGGUACAAUAUAUACACUUUAAUAUCUAAUUUCAGCGUUGCUGCGACCCUUAUCACUAUCAGGACUUGAUUGCAUCACAUAAUUUAGUACUCUCGUACUAAUUAACAAUUUGAUCUCAUAAAACAUGCAAGAAAUUAUAAUGUAGGAGCAGAUCGAUUGUGUACUUGUCUCACAUCUUUUUUAGAUCUUUCAAAAUAUUUAGGAAAAAUUAUUUUUUUAGUUUCGUAUAUGAUCUUAUUAUCAUCUUAGUACCAUAAGCAGACCUGUAUUGGAUUAGUCUCACAACUUAAAAAUUUUGACCGAAAUAGUCCUCAGGCACCAGAGUUGUUGUCGUGGCACACCAGAGAUUGUGUAAGUGACACGUGGACAAUGCUCGAGGAUCAUUUCUACAAAAGCUUUUUAGUUAUGAAAUUAAUCCAAUAUAUAGUCUAGUUAUGGUCUUAAAAUAUUUUCAUGUAUAAUCCACACAAUUUCCGGCCGAACUUUUUUAAUUAUGGGGCUAAUCCAAUACAGGGUCUAGUUAUGGUUUUUAACAUGAUAUACGGGAUUAAAAAAAUAGUUUUUCCAAAUAUUUAUAUGUUUACAUUCUCGAGAAUUGGUAUAUGAUUAAGCGAAUCUGAUAUUGAAAUGUUGUAUAUCCAAUUAUCCAUUCUAAAAUAUAUAUAUAUAUAUAU